AUGACCACUUCCUCAACGAUGUCUUCUACUCUGUCGCUCGACGUUCUGAGUGGCAGGACAAUUUUGUUGGACACUUUGGCUGUCGCCCUGUUUCUAUACUAUCUCAUCAAACUCUUGGGCCGUGGUCGACUUCCUGCUCCCUUGCCGCCCGGCCCCAGACGCCUACCUCUGCUGGGAAACAUCCUCGACAUGCCCCCCAGCCAGGAAUGGCUUACCUUUGCUGAAUGGGGUCGCAAAUGGGGAGACAUGACUUCCAUCUCAAUCUUCGGACAGGAGAUAAUCAUUCUCAACUCAAUCAAGCUGGCUGUAGACAUACUGGAGAAGAAGGGCUCAAUUUACUCUGAUCGGCCUGUCAUGGAAAUGGGCGGCGAACUCGUGGGCUGGAAGAACACUCUGGUACUCAUCCCGUAUGGGGAUCGCUUUCGCAGUUUUCGAAAGAUGUUCCACCAGGUUAUUGGGACCCACGCGUCAAUGUCCAACUUCCACUCCGUCGAAGAAGAAGAAACUCGGAAGUUCCUCAAAGCUUUGCUGAAGGACCCGAGCAACUUCGUCCAGCACGUUCGGAGCACUGCAGGCGCGAUUAUUCUCCGGAUAUCCCAUGGGUACAGAGUUAAGGAACACCAGGAUCCUUUCGUGGCCGUUGCGGAAGAGGCGACAGAGCAAUUUUCUCUCGCGACUGCACCGGGUGGCUUCCUUGUCAAUCUUAUCCCUCCGUUGAAGCACCUUCCUGACUGGUUUCCUGGAGCAGGAUUCAAACAGACAGCUAGGGAGUGGCGCAACACGAUCAAUCGCAUGGCAGAUGGACCCUAUCGCUACGUGAAAGAACAAAUGGCGGCUGGUAAUGCCGAACCUUCGUUUACGUCGAAGCUUCUCGAGGAGCCAGACAUAUCCCAAGACCGCGAAUUCGACAUCAAAUGGUCCUCCGCAUCGCUGUAUUCUGGAGGAGCAGACACGACCGUAUCCUCUAUACAUUCCGUGUUUUUGGCCCUCUCCCUUUUCCCAGAAGUCCAGGCGAAAGCGCAAGCAGAAAUAGAUGCCGUGAUUGGGGGUGAUCGUUUGCCAACAUUCGAAGAUCGACGAAAUCUGCCAUAUAUCAAUGCCGUAGUUUCGGAGGUACUGCGGUGGCAUGCAGUCGUUCCCACAAGUGUCCCUCACAGAGUUUCUGAAGACGAUGUCCAUAAUGGCUACUUCAUCCCCAAAGGAUCGUUGGUGAUUGCGAACAUCUGCCGGAAAGAUUCCUGGGUCCCGUUCCCGAGCCUGAUCCGCGUAACGCUUGCUUCGGUUUUGGAAGGCGGUCGAAUCCUUGCUGAUGCCUCGGUUUACAUCUCUGUUGCGAUGCUUGUCGCUACAUUCAAUAUUUCCAAAGCUAUGAAGGACGGUGAGAUCGUGGAGCCGUCUGUCGGCCAAACAAGCGGAACUAUCAGUCACCCGCAAAGCUUUGAAUGCACCAUCAAGCCACGAAGCCAGAAAGCAGUAGAUCUCAUCCUCAGCACUAGGUCUUUGUCCACUCUCCAUGUGCCUGGCCCUCACCUUGUCUCGAUCGCCAACGGUGCCACUCAUGACAAUUGA